AUUAUCUGCGACUUGACAGUUUCCUAAGCACGUUGGUGUACGGUCAGAAAACAGCUGCAAAAGUAUGCAGCCGAAUAUUCUCUUGAUUUUGACGAACCUUUGAGUAGUAACAACCUGUUCUUUACUUCGUGAUUUAUCGGAUGAUGCUUCAAGAACAUAGUUCACCCCCGGCCAAAAAGUACAAGCCGGAUUCCCUUUUAGUCUCAUUCAGUACGAAACAAAACAUGCUGGGAUCACGAAAGGACACUGUUUCAGUGGAGCAGCAGCGCCGAAGUCUUCCUAUUCAUCAAGCCCGCAUUCAGCUUAUCAACCAGUUACGGCAGUUGGAUUGCGCUGUAUUAAUAGGUGAGACAGGGUCUGGGAAGACAACACAAGUUCCCCAGUAUUUAUUUGAAGCUGGUAUUGGACGUCAGGGCAUUGUUGGAAUCACACAGCCCCGCCGAGUGGCAGCAUUAUCACUAGCAGCAAGGGUUGCUGAAGAAAAGAAAACUGAACUAGGAAAACUAGUUGGGUACACUGUACGAUUUGAAGAUGCUACAUCUGAUGAGACCAAAAUUAAGUUCCUUACAGAUGGUAUGCUUCUGAGGGAGGCCAUUGGAGAUCCCCUUCUUCGCAGAUACAGUGUUGUCAUCUUAGAUGAAGCUCAUGAAAGAACAGUCCACACUGAUGUUCUGUUUGGAGUUGUAAAGGCCGCACAAAGGAAGCGCAAAGAUCUGGAUAAACCACCCUUAAAAGUACUGAUCAUGUCUGCGACAGUGGAUGUAGACCUUUUCUCUCAGUACUUCAACAAAGCUCCAGUACUGUACCUAGAGGGGCGACAACACCCAAUUCAGAUUUUUUAUACCAAGCAGCCCCAGAGUGAUUACCUUCAUGCUGCUCUGGUCUCAUUGUUUCAGAUCCAUCAGGAAGCUGAAGCUGCUCAUGAUAUCCUGGCGUUUUUAACGGGUCAGGAAGAGAUAGAAGCUAUGGCUAAGACAUGCCGCGACAUUUCCAAGCACCUACCAGAUGGCUGCCCUCAGAUGGUGGUGGUUCCGCUGUAUGCAUCUCUGCCACCCACUCAGCAGCUCCGAGUGUUUCAGAGUGUACCAAAGGGCUGUCGUAAAGUGAUCCUUUCUACCAACAUUGCAGAGACAUCUAUCACCAUUUCAGGGAUUAAAUACGUUAUCGACACUGGUAUGGUGAAAGCCAAGAAGUACAACCCUGAAAGUGGUCUGGAGGUACUCGCUGUGCAGAGGGUGGCAAAGGCUCAGGCAUGGCAGAGAUCAGGGAGAGCGGGUCGGGAAGACAGUGGAAUCUGUUAUCGUUUAUAUACAGAGGAGGAGUUUGAAAAAUUUGAUUCCAUGACUGUACCAGAGAUUCAGAGAUGCAACCUUGCUGGAGUGAUGCUGCAUCUAAUGGCCAUGCGAAUUCCCAACGUCAUGACAUUUGACUUCAUGUCCAAGCCAUCUCCAAAUGCCAUCCAGGCUGCAGUUGAUCAGCUUGAUUUGUUGGGUGCUGUGGAUCGUAAAGAUGGACAGUUGUUGCUCACUGCCCUGGGACGUAAAAUGGCAGCAUUUCCACUGGAACCCAAGUUCUCAAAAACCAUCCUGCUGUCUUCAGAGUUCCAUUGUGCAGAAGAGAUCCUAACCAUCAUUGCUGUACUCUCAGUAGACAGUGUUCUUUAUAACCCUCCUACUAAGCGAGAAGAUGUGCAGUCUGCCAGAAAAAAGUUCAUCUCCAGUGAGGGCGAUCAUAUGACUCUGCUCAACAUAUAUCGGGCUUUCAAAAAUGUUAGCAGAAAUAAGGAAUGGUGCAGAGAAAACUUUGUGAACAACAGGAAUAUGAUGUUAGCAUCCGAAGUCCGAUCACAGCUCCGUGACAUCUGCUUAAAGCUAGGAAUGCCUUUAGAGUCUUCACGCAUGGACACUGGAAAUAUCCGGCGAUGCCUGGCUCAUGGUCUUUUCAUGCAUGUAGCUGAACUGCAACUUGAUGGUACAUAUGUUACACUUGACACACAUCAGCCAGUGGCAAUCCACCCUUCUUCUGUACUUUUCCACUGCAAACCUGCCUAUGUAAUUUACAAUGAGUUGCUUCACACUUCAAAGUGCUACAUGCGAGACCUUUGUGUUAUUGAUUCUGAAUGGCUUUAUGAGACUGCACCAGACUAUUUCCGCAGGAAGCUAAAGUCUAACAAAAACUGACUUAUAUUAAAUAAAUCUACUUCCUGAGUGUUUCCUUAACAGAGCAUGCUGAUCUUCUGAAUAUAAUUGCUCGUAGUGGUAUGGCUCCUUAUGUUAAAAGUGAGGCCUCACUGGGCCACGACGGUCAGUGUUUGACACUGGCAGGACAUGGAGCAAUGUGGAUCUUACUGGAAUUAACAGUAGAAGAACUGUCACAGCAAAUGGCUGCUGUUCUGUUUUGAAAAAAAAAUGAGUAGAUAAUAGUACCUGCUACUUGUCAGAGCGUUGGACCAUAUAGCAGCAGCCAGUCAUGUUAUUCUUCAGAGUACAGUUUUCUUUCUUGCUGUUUCUGUAAAUGGCUUCAGUAGCUUGUUGGGGAAAGUAAAUAUAUGUAAGUAUAGUUUGGUUUAUUGGCUGUAGUCAAGUAAAAUUCCUAGGAAGAGUUACAUAUAUGUAUAUUUUCUGGACUGUAUUCAACAGUAAAUUAUUUUUCUCUAA